GAGGAGCUGGCCCAGAGUGCGUCGGCGAGGCGGAGCGGAGCGGGUUCCUGCGUCAACAGUGCUUGGACGGAACCGGCCGCGCUCGGGCCCGCCGCCUCACUACCACCAACACCACCUGCACACCGACACCGCAGCCUCCUCUCUCACGGCAGCGCCAUGGCUACGCCUCUCUCCCAGGUGCGCCAGAACUACCACCAGGACUGCGAAGCGGCCGUGAACCGCCAGAUCAACCUGGAGCUCUACGCGUCCUACGUGUACCUCAGCAUGUCCUACUACUUUGACCGGGAUGAUGUGGCUCUGAAAAACUUUGCCAAGUACUUCCUGCACCAGUCCCAUGAGGAACGUGAGCAUGCUGAGAAGCUGAUGAAGCUGCAGAAUCAGCGGGGCGGCCGCAUCUUCUUGCAGGACAUCAAGAAACCAGAUCGUGAUGACUGGGAGAAUGGACUGACUGCAAUGGAGUGUGCCCUGCACCUGGAGAAGAACGUGAACCAGUCGCUGUUGGAGCUGCACAAACUGGCAACUGAAAAGAAUGACCCACAUCUGUGUGACUUCAUUGAAACUCACUACCUGGAUGAGCAGGUGAAGGCCAUCAAGGAGCUGGGUGACCAUGUGACCAACCUGCGGAAGAUGGGGGCACCAAAGUAUGGCAUGGCAGAGUAUCUCUUUGACAAGCACACCCUAGGGCACAGUGACAAUGAGAGCUGAAGUCUUGCCACGAACACCAACCUGGGGGUUUCAGGAAGAUUCCUACUUUACUGUCCAGCAGUGCAUGCAUCUUCAGCUAUCUAGAUAAACAGUUCUCUUACUCUGUACCAAAUAUCAGCCUUCUUUUCUCUUGUGUUUUGUGUAUUGCCUUCCAUCCAAUAAAGUGACUUGGUUCAAAGUG